AUGCGCACGUUGAAGAGUGGAGCGAGCUGUGUGCGUGGAAUCGAAUGGUUGUCAGUGUUGAUGAGUGGAGAUGGGAGCCGAAGGGAGAUUCGCGAUUGUGUGGCACAGAUAGUUACGAUACGGACGGGUAGCGGCAAUGUGGCGGCUGUAGUGUUGGCGCCCAAGACGGCGUUUUACAUGGAGUCGGAGGUUGUGAAUGAGACGACGCCGUUACAGACGCCGGCGCCGUUACAGACGCCGGCGGCGGAUUGGUAUGAGCACUGGGAUCGGAUGACGGUAUGGCGGCCUACACGAGGGCGGUCGAGCAACAAAUACGCCGAGGCGGCGCUCCUCGCAGCGCUGCGGCGCCGUGCGGCGCGGAAGGGGGCGCUGGAUGACCAAGUGGCGGCGGAGGCGUUGGACGCACUGUGUGACGAGGUCUUUGACGACAGCCUUGACGAUCUGUAUUGUAUCCUCGACGAUGCGGGCAAGGUCGUCCUGGGCAAUAUGGGAUACCAGGUGCAGCCUUUUGACGGCGUCGAUGACAUCUCGGUGGUCGUAACUCGGCCCGUCGACGUGUCAGAGUUGAAGGAACUGUCUACACAAGUACCGAUAGAAUGGAUGUCAGUGCUGGAAAUGUCGGCGGUAAGGGAGCCAGUGUCCUCGGGCAAGGAGCACGAGGAUCCGGAAUCGGGACAUCCGGAAUCGGGACAUCCGGAAUCGGGGCAUCCGGAAUCGGGGCAUCCGGAAAAGAAGACGCGGGAGAAGGGGCGGUCGAAGACGAAACAACCACCAUCGCUAGCCGCAUACCUUUACGGAAGGAGAGGUUUGCGCAACAUGUGCAUCUUCGUCGGAUGCGGCUUGGCGGCGACGGGGGCUCUGUGGCUUGGCUGGGAGGGGUAUAAAGCAAGUAAAUCUGGGAAAGCGACUACCGCGGAUGGUUGGGGAGAGACUACCGCGGGUGGUUGGGGAGAGACUACCGCGGGUGGUUGGGAAGCGACUACCGCGGGUGGUCGUACCAUGGAUGUUUGCUCUCAGAGGAUGGACGACGAAGGAACCAACGGCCGCAGAAACAUAGGCUCCUUCCGGCAGCCAGGAGUUUCUAGGGUGAACAAACCCUGCGCAAGUGGCAUGAUUGUCUGUGACGACAAGCUCGGCAACACGCAAUGCAGGGCCUUCUUUGGUAGCCCCUGGCGGGACCCGUUUCCCCGAGUUAUCGAUCUGCUCGGAAUGCGCGCGUUCGAAGGAAUGUGCACUGUGUUCUGCCACACACCCGAAGAAGUAAACCGCUUGUUCGGCCAACGACUCAGAACUCAUUUCCCCUACCUAGAACCGGCGACCGCACUCACUCUCAACAACCACUGUUCUGGCCUUCAGGCAGAACUCGACGACGUUGAGAACUGCUACUGCGACUUAGCCAACGUCACAUGUUCGGUAAAGUUUAAACGCAACGGCGCAGUGAUGAAAGUCGCCCUUACCGAUCUGGAAGUGCCCCUCGUGACGGUGUCGGACUCCUUUGACAAUUACCAGCAACGUGGCUACGACGUCGACGACUGUGAAUACGAGUGCUUCAACUUGAGUGGAACCUCAGACGCAGGCCCUACCACCAGUACGAGUACCAGUGCUGCCAGUACGAGUACCACGGCAGCCACGACCAAUCCUACCACCGGUGCAAGUACCAGUAUAGCCGCCAGUGCGUUCACGAGCACGAGUGCCAGCGCCAGUCCUACCACCAGUACCAGUCCCACCAAUACGAGUACAAGUCUACCACCAGUAUGA